GUGACAUUGACAACAGUUGACAAGUUGACAAUACAAGAAUGACGUUUUACAUUAUCAUCAUUUAUCAUUUAAAAAUUCAAUUUAAAGAUUCUUUUCUUUGAAAUAGAUAGCGGUGGUUGUACGAAAAUCAUUCGUGUCUAAAUCUGGGAUACCUAUUAAUUACUUCAUAGUAUAACAGUACACGAAAUCGUUAUUUUACUUUACUCUGAUUAGACAAGACGAUUCGGAAAACCAGUUUUGAUGUUUGUAUACGUUAUACCUCUUCUAAUUUAAAGUAAUCUUAGUAAUAACGGUUGUGGUUAAAAUUACUAGUGUUUAUGCGUAAUUUUUAUUUUUGAUAUGCCACAUGAGCAUUUCGUAAAGCGACUAGAAAUCAAAGUGAAUUAAGUCAUUUUUCAUCAAUCUAUCCUGAUUUUUCAAAGUUAAGCGUAAUUUGGAGGUUAUAUUUUUGCUCACUUCGGUAUCCGUCAAAAUGAAAACAAACAAGAAGAACGAUGAUGACAUUUCCACAGAAGAUGGUAAUCUUCUCCAGCCACCGAAUGAAGAAGUAUCGUCUUCAAGAAAUCCGCUAAUGAAAGUAAGAACAUACGUACUUGCGUUGCGGCCGUGGUCUUUGAGUGGAAGCUUGUUACCUACGUUACUGGGUGCUGCACUAUCAUACCGACUGCCCGGAGAGAGUGGAUUCAGCUGGGUAACAUUACUUCUGACCCUUUGUACCGUUAUUCCCGUACACGGAGCGGGUAAUGUAGUUAACACAUACUUUGAUUUUGUCAAAGGCAUUGACAACCGCAAAUCCGACGACAGAACUCUUGUUGACCGUAUACUGAGUAUUGAUGAAGUGGUAUCAUUAGGAGCUAUAUUGUACAUGGCAGGUUGUGCAUUCUUUUUACUUUUAGUUAUCUUGUCACCUGCCAGAAUGGAACAUCUAGCUUUAGUGUAUUUCGGUGGCUUGUCAUCCUCAUUUCUUUACACUGGUGGAAUAGGCCUAAAAUAUAUAGCUCUGGGUGAUAUUGUAGUUCUAGUCAUAUUUGGACCAGUGGCUGUUGUGUUUUCAUUUCUGGCACAGACAGGUAGAGUUGACUGGCCAAUUAUUUACUAUGCUAUACCCCUUGCUCUCAACACUGAAGCUAUAUUACAUAGUAAUAAUACAAGGGACUUAGAAAUAGAUAGUAAGGCUGAAAUUGUUACAUUGGCCAUUCUAGUAGGUAAAACAGCCUCAUAUUUACUGUAUGCGUUUUUGUUGUUUACUCCGUACAUAAUGUUUGUGGUUGCAUCUGUGAGGUGUUCUCUUUGGUUCUUAUUGCCUAUGUUAACUUUACCUCGAGCAUUUGACAUCGAGAGGAGGUUUAGAUGUUUGGACACAAUGCAAUAUGUACCGCGUCAGACAGCGAGAUUAAAUUUCUAUUUUGGUAUGUUGUAUAUAAUUUCUUGUUUAUUUGCUAAUAGACUACCAUUUUUAUUAAGACAGUAAUAUGACUACAUGUUAAUUGCAAUAUGUACUUAUUGAGCUUACAACAAACAAUGCAUAUAGACUGUCUACAAAUUUAUCAUUUCAUUGCAAUUUACAUGCUUUGAAACACUAUGUAGUUUAUAUUAGAAUUUAAUGGUAAAUUAUUGUAAGAUGUGGCUACUAUAUUCUUAAUUAUACUAAAGGCUUUUAAUGUAGGAGAUUGCUUCAAAAAUAGAAUAAAGGAUUUUGGACCAAAAAUGUUAAUUACUUUUAAAAUUCUGUCUAUAAAACUAUGUACUAUGGUCGCAAAUUGUAAAUACUAACAAUACAUUUAAAUAGAAGUAUUAUGUAAAUAAAAUAAUGGUUAAAUCCUGAUUAAUAUUUCAAUGCUAUUAUAUGUUGAUAAAAAUAUAUAACAAUAAAUUCCUGUUUUAAAGGCAGCUAAAUGCAAUUUAUACAACAUUAUUAAAUUAUAAGUUAGACAAUUUUAUCUUUUGUAUAAAUUGAUUUUGUAAUUACAUGAUUAUGUUGGUGUUAAUUUUAUUACUAUUAAAACUGUCUUCUGUAAGUCACAAGUAGUUUAUGAAGCAUGUACCAUUACUUGGGUUGUAUUCAAUAGUCAUUUAGUCUAAUUUUGACUUCUAUGAUUUAGCAUAACUAUUUUUAACAUCUUUUUAAAGAUUAGUGUAAGAAUAGAUUUACAGGAUGCUGUGAACACUAAGAUGCUUGUUGAUAACACCAACCGGUCUUUACAUAUGAUAAAUAGCUCGAGUCAAAUGAAUUGUAAUCAUGUUCUAUUGAGUUUUUUAUACAUUUUAUCUGAAUGUUAGCUGUGUUAAGAUAUUUGUAGUGAAAUCUAUGUCAACAUUGAUAUUUGGUACAAUAGAUGAUAUGACAAUUUUAUCUCUUGAAGCAAAAAAUAUAUUUAUAAAUGAAAUAAGAUUGUACCAAUAGUAUAGAAUGGAUAGCUUAAUUUUUCAGUAGUUUUAUUUGAAUUUUAUCAACUUUAUUAUC